AUGUCCGACGCGCGCGCCGAUUCGAGCCUCGGGAGCAUUGUCGCUUUCGAGGGGCACCCCGAGACCAUCUCCACACACUUGCGCUUGCUUCCGACCUCACCACAGAUCCUCAUCCUACCCAACAUUCGAUGCUACCUUCCCACCCCGGACCAAGAUGGAAAGAUCGAGGUCCAUGACUUCAUUCGGAGAGCGCACGAUGCUGUCAAGGCUCGCAAUGAGAUAGCCCGCUCCUUCUUGCAGUCGGCCACGGCCGCAAACAAGCGCCUCGUCUUCAUGGAUGGCGGAACCCCUAGCGCCCAAUGCCUGUGCAUUAGGCACAUUAUGAAGUACGAGACUGAGGGCGAUGACUCCGAGGCUGAGGCUAUGUUUAACUUUCUUGUCAAGGAUGGCUUAGCGGGGCUCGAGGCGCAAUCAAACAAGUGGUACGGAAAGACACCCUCUCUCACGGACAAAGAAAAGGAGGACCCCUCCGAGCCGGCCAACACCCGUGGGCACACAGAGCCCGCAUCGCCCAAUACACUCCGGAGGCAUAGGUCCAGUGUGCCGCUGCAGCGCAGGCUACCCCCUGUUCAGUCCCACGAGGAUCCCAUCACGAGGGCCAUGCGGGCCGCCGAGGCCUUGGACCGCCAAACAGAGAACCUGCAGCCCUCGAACGACCUCGAUCUGACCACCGCCUCCCGCCGACGCAGCGUGAGCCUGCCCAUGUGCUAUGCAGACAACUUUGGCGAUAAUGCGCCCUUCUACGUCUUUGGUGGCCGCUCUGCAGCGGACGCCAGGAUUUCUACAGAUGGUUCACUUCAAGAUGAGGAACAGUCUGAGCUUACCUCCUCUCUCAGAUUCUCCGUCGCCCAACACGAAAAUGAGUCAAGCCUAAACCUGCCUCCCCUCACUGCCUUUGGCGAGCGGAACCGCUCGCCCAGCUGCGUCGGGGAGAGUUAUUUUCCCACGUUCCUCCACCAUGGCUCCAUCGAUGCUGAUGCCCCGUCCAUAUCCGAGUCGGUCGACUUGCGCUCGUCUGCCGGUGUCGUCUUUGGCGAGGCGUCUCUGGUAGACAUGCGACCCGCCAAGAGCCCGAUCACGCGCGUGAAGUCGCUAGACAGGAUUUACACAUCACUCUCUGCGCUUGACGAUCUUGAACUUUCUCCAAAGUCCAAUGAGCCAGAGUCGGCAUCCGUUAGAAUCCAAUCCUCUCAGAUGGUAGCGGAUGGCGAGUUUGGUCCCGCAACAACGCGCCUGGACCUCGAUGUCAGCCCCCGCACAGUUGUCGUUCAAGAGCAGGGGAGCGGCAUCGUAAAUCUGGCUCCCGUGCCGGCCAUCUAUAAGCGCAAAACAAAAUCAUUCUACGUGGACCGCGGAACCGACGCUGAAGCUGAGGCCAAGAAGCUGCAGGCGCCCUUCCUGCCGGUUCUGCCGAUGACAGAGGACCUGGUCGUCCACCUUAGGGAGGAGGUUCCCGACGCUCUCCUGGAUAGGAUCUUCAACAGCUUCCGCGAAGGAAAUUACCCGGUGCUCUCAAGCUCGUCCUCGCCAGACGGCUCCGAAGCCGAGACGGCCAGCGGCCAUCUGCCCAGUACACCCGACUCGAAUUCGAGCCGGACUACCACCGGUGAUGAUGACGUAUCCCGCUCGCAUUCCAACCAAGCUGAGCUUGCCGUGGCAUCGCCAGCAAUGGACGCCGACGAAUAUGAUCCGUUUGCCUAUAUGCAGAAGCAGCCGACGCCGCUCAACCCGGCCGCCCUGGCCAUGAAGGUCAGGCGCCCACCCACACCUGACAAAACGCCUGCACCCUCAGUCCUGGAAACAAGUGAUGGCAAGUUUCACGAGUUCAAGAUUGCCAGCGACCAGACGCCCGUUGCUGCCCAGAACUCGCUUCGAUCCACCCUCAAAACUUACUUCCCCCCGGAAGCCCACGGCUACCACCAGUUCAGGUUUGCCCUGCUGCCUGAGCUGGAGGGUCUGUGGAAGCCCAUCUUUCGCGAGGCCGAGUCCGGCAGCCCCAGGGCCAACGACAGGCGCAUGGACCAGAUUGUCGCCAUUGGCUCCCAGAAGGGCGUCAGAAGGGAGUUCUCCUCUUCCAUCACUGGCUUGCUGGAUAAGCUCGGUUCCAAGCCCAGUGGCGUGAGCCGCAGUGGCAGGCUGGAUUUUAGGUAUCUCCUGGCCAAUGCCAUUCAGGCUUUUACGUCGCAGCCACUGGCGAACCAGGCCUCGGAUAACCCCUUCAACAACCCACACCUUCUUGCCACCCUCAUCGUCCCCCAUAUGGAGACGUACUUGGCGCUUCACUCCGAGGUUAGGUACCUCUUGCUGGAAUACCCGCCCGAGCACCUCUCCACAGUUCUCGCCUUGCAGAGGCUUGUUGGCGUUGACUUGAUGAAGGUAGCCCAGAUUGUCGACUCUAAGAACACCGACCUCGGCCCCUUUACUCACAUAAGGGAUGCGUCUGUCAGCAGCGAGGGCAAGUCAUCGGAGCGCCCGUUGGGCAGGCCCGCGGGCGUCUCAGCCAACGGUACCUCACUUGACGCCGACGUGUCCAAGGCCAACUUCCUCCUGACAUCAGAAGCCAGCGAGACGGGCAUCUCUAACUUCAUUGCCACGAUCGGCGAUAUCCUCAUGAGCGUGUCACAGUUCUACAUGCCCGAUGAGGUUGUGCGUGUGACUCCCGCAGCAUCGCCCGAGCCUAGCAGCAGGGAAUCUGAUGGUGCUAACAGGGCCACGAGGGCGCCCGUCCUGUCGAGCCGCUUCUCUCACUACGGAAAGCUCAACGGGACCAUCACUGCGGCCGCGAUUACCGCCUCGGCAGCCGCCUCCCCUGCAGCGAAACCGUCUAGUCGCGUGGCGUCUCCUGCGAUGCCCUCGCGAUCCGCGUCGAUAUCCGAGACGGUGCGGACGCAAAGGACUUCACGCACGGCGCGUAGCACCAAGACAAUGUCGAGGCACCUGUUGCGUCCGACGACGGCCGACGGCGCCGAGUCCUUCAUGACGUUUGACCCUGCCGAUGACAGCGACUAUGACAUGGAGGAGCGCAGGCUCAUGCCCAUCUUUAUGCAGAAGCCGUCCAGGAAGCCCAAGCCUAAUACACGCAAGGCGCUAAAGUUCCUUGGGCUAGCAUAA